AUGUUGACGCGACUCUUCAGCGAGCCCAGCUUGAUCCCAGAAGUUCAGAAGUUCUCCAGCUGGGCAGACGAUUGCGAAGACGAUGAGUCAAGCGACAAAGAGGAGGGCAAGGGCAAGAGCUGUCCCCUCCAGGAUGAGCAGAACGACACGGAGGUGAAAGAGGAAAACGACUUAGGGGGCGAUGAAGAGGAGGAAGAGGAGGAGGAGGAAGGGGCCGAGGAAGCGGAAGGAGAUCGGCCUAAGAAACGGGGCCCCAAAAAGAGGAAAAUGACCAAGGCCCGCCUGGAGCGCUCCAAGCUGAGGCGCCAGAAGGCCAACGCCAGGGAGAGAAACCGCAUGCACGACCUCAACGCGGCCUUGGACAACCUGCGCAAGGUGGUUCCCUGCUACUCCAAGACUCAGAAGCUGUCCAAGAUCGAGACGCUGAGGUUGGCUAAGAACUACAUCUGGGCCCUGUCGGAGAUCUUACGCUCGGGCAAGAGGCCGGACCUGGUCUCCUACGUGCAGACUUUGUGCAAAGGCUUGUCUCAGCCCACCACCAACUUGGUGGCCGGCUGCCUGCAGCUCAACUCGAGGAAUUUCCUUACCGAGCAAGGCCAGGAGGCCGGGAGGUACCACGGGCCCAACUCCACCUUUGCCAUGCACCCCUACACCUACCAGUGCUCGCGGAUCUCGGGCGCGCAGUGCGCUUCCAGUACCAUGGCUAGCUCCCACGCCUUGAGGACGCACGCCUACUGCGCCACCUACGAGUCCCUCUAUGGGAACGCCUCGCCAGACUACAAUAGUUCGGAAUACGACGGGCCGCUGAGCCCUCCUUUGUGCGUUAACGGGAAUUUUUCCCUCAAGCAAGACUCUUCCCCAGACCACGAGAAAAAUUACCACUAUUCUAUGCACUACUCCGCCCUCCCAAGUUCCCGCCCGUCCGGGCACAAUUUGGUGUUCGGGUCUUCUGGAAUGCGCAGCGGCGUCCACUCGGAGAACGUUUUGCCUUAUGAGAUGCACCUCCACCACGACAGAGGUCCCAUGUAUGAGGAGCUCAAUGCUUUUUUCCAUAAUUAA